CCUGUUUACUUUACCGCACAACUUCUAAUAUGCACCGCAUUGCAAUAUAGUUUUUGUGACUCUCGUGAGGUUUUUUUGUCCUAGAAGGCUGGAAUCGUACAAAAAUGGUGCCAAAGUAAAUUCAGUUCGAAAUUAUUAUUUAUUGUUUGUUGGUGAAUAUUAUAAUAGAGCAGGUUAAAAAAAACGAAGUCUGUUUACAACGUAAUUUACGGUAACAGAAGCAUCAAUGAAAUGUCGCCAUAACUGUGCCCUGCGCAGAUUCACAUCACACCCGGCUCACAAAACACCUCCACGACAUUCAUAAUGAAUGUAGCCCAUUAAAAUCUCUUUAGGAGGUGUAUUAAUUCAGGCUUUGGUGAUCUACAGAAAUGCGAGUAUCUUUAUAGGUCUGCGUGGGAUGUAUGCCGCGCAGAUUGGCCGUUUUGAACAGACCUAAAGAGGCGGGUGCAUUCAAAAGUCUACUUUGUCUAACAGACGCUUCGGGUUUAGUUGGUGUGUUUUAAAGUAACACUAAUAUAUGAAGAGCGCGAGGUAACACUCAAAACAUGUUCUAGAGGAGGAUAGAAAAGCGUCAUCAAACUGCGCGCUUUUAGAUUCGGAUUAAAAAACAAAGUAAAUCAUAUUCUUCCUUCAUGGAUACUUGGGAAAUAAAUCCUUACACGGUGACUCCAGCAGCGAAGGUCCUGGCGAGAUGUGUAGCCACAGGCACAAUGUCACAGAAAGAGCUUGACGAUGUACCACGAGGCUCAGAGAUAUUUUCCUCUCGCCUGCUUCAAACCGAGCAGCUGAAUAAAAUCAAACAAGAGACUGACCAGGUGAGGUUGGACCUGGAGCUGCUAAAACUUGAGAAAAACAGUGCAGAUGUCACUCACAGUUAUUAUCUAAGUCAGAGAUUUGCAUCCUUGCAGCAGUUCACUUCUCAUCUUCAGGAAGUGCUGAGAGAACAGACAAGUUUGCGUCAAAGACUUAUGAAACCUCUUUGCCAGCAGAACCUACCUAUACAGGCCGAUCUUCAUCGAUAUGUGGUCACAUUUGUGGCAAUGGUGGUUGAGUUUAUUGAGACUUUGGAAAUGAAAAUUAAGAUGGUUCACUCAAUUCCAACAACUGAUGAAUUUAUGCGUAAUUUGAAUAAUGGGAUGACUCAGCUCCUGGCUCAAGUCACAGAGGUGGAGAGUCUGACAAAGCAAGUUCUUCAGCGGAGUGGCAACCCAAACGACAUGUCCAGCUGAGAAAAUGGUAGACUGCACGGCCUAUCCAACAAAAUGUAUGACAUUGUAAAAGAGUUGUCACUGUUCGAUCCCAUUAAUACUGCUCACACUGAAGAGUUUGGGAGAGUGUAAAUAAAGCAAUGAUUAAUGAAUUAUUGAUUCAUUAAUCAUUGCUUUAUUUACACUCCCCCAUACUCUUCAGUGUGAGCAGUAUGAACACUGUUGGUUCGUGGUUCUUCCUGACUGUUAAGUAGUUAGAAUAACACCUAAAGUUAGGUGUUGAAGAGCAGGAAAAAAACAUUAAUAUACACAGUCUCUGUAAAUAUUUCAUGUGAUAUGUUUAAAAGGUUUACUUGUGUUUCUUAAUGUAUAAAUAAACAACACUUUUUAAAUACAAAGAUGGGUUUGUUUUGGGCUACACUAUGAAUAGGCAUAAUUACUACUAUAAUUAAUUACUUAAAUCUCAAACACAUUGUAACCUGUUAUAACACCUGAAUAUCUGAACCAUGUGCUGAUCAGUCCUUCAUUGACGAGUGUGUUUCUGCAAUAUAAAUGUAAAUAAAUAUGCAUGAAUCUCCCUCACUUUAUAUUGUGUGUGUAAGUGAGACAAGAAUUGUUAAAACAAAUUACUUCAAACCUCUGAAUCCUUCUUGCACUAGUGCAGACAGGACUGCAGCUUCUGGCCAGCUUUUUGUCCUUGGCAUCUUCCUCUGUGUUUGCUGUUUCAGGUCCUCUAAUUGCAGCAGUUUCUCUGUGAUAUUGCUCUUUGUGCAGAGCUUUUGCACCUACACACAAUCAGAGUAAGAGAAACUUUAUCCAUAAGCCUUGUUGUUUAUUAAGAAUGACCUCAAGUGUUAGACCUAACAAACUGAAAUGCAGCACACUUACUUGCUGUGUUAUCUCAUGGCCCCUGCCUUUGUCCACAUCUAAGCUGUAGCCACAGUGUUUCAUCAGAUCCUCCAGGUGCCUAUGUAAUAAAAAAAAAUAUAUAUAUAUAUCAAAUGUUCAUAUAACUAAUGUUUGUCUUGUAAAAAAAAAUGUAUUCUAAUUUUUUGAACGCUCAUUAAUAAAUAGGAAACUUAUUUUA